AGAAUCACAAAAUCAACAUUCAGUCUCUCCUUCCUUAUAUUUUGGUUCCAAUCUCUCUGUCUUUUUCUCUUUCUUUGACAUGGAGAACUUUCAACCCUAUUUUCCCUGUUCAUCUUCAGCAUCAUCGUGUUCAUUAGCCAUGGUGAGUCCUCAAACUAAUUUUAGCGAUUUUCAAGGCAACAAGCCCAGUGGGUUCUUCGGAUUAAUGCCAGAGAUGGAAGUUCCUGCAGCUGGUUUAAAUGUUACCAGCAAAAGUGUUGUAGGGUCUGAAAGUGAAGAAAAUUUAGGAAAGAAAAAGGGGUCAGAGAAGAAGAUAAGGAAGCCUAGAUACGCUUUUCAAACAAGAAGCCAGGUUGAUAUUCUUGAUGAUGGGUAUAGAUGGAGAAAAUAUGGCCAAAAGGCUGUGAAGAACAACAAAUUUCCAAGAAGUUAUUAUCGAUGUACACAUCAAGGGUGCAAUGUGAAGAAGCAAGUUCAACGAUUAACCAAAGACGAAGGAGUGGUGGUGACAACUUACGAAGGAAUGCAUUCACAUCCGAUAGAAAAGUCUACUGAUAACUUCGAGCAUAUCUUGGGCCAGAUGCAAAUUUACACUUCUCUUUAAGUCUUCAAAAACCAACAGCUAAAAGCUAGAAUUAUACUCUUCGUCAAAUACACUUUUUCUAUUGUAAAUUUUGAUUAAUUAGAAUUUUCAGAUUCCCUUUGUUUUUAUUUUGAAUAUAAAUCUACCAUCAAAGUACAGCUUUGAAAGGCUGGUUGGAGGAAGUAGUAUAUAUGAAGCGUAGACUUUAUUAA